UUUCAUUCAUAUAUCAACUUCUUUCCAGCAGUGCUGUCGUCGCUCGUUUCUUUCUUUUUUCCUGUCUCCACAAGAGCUGUCACUCGUUUCCAGCUCCAUUCACUCUUUAUUUUCUUGGAUUUUGCGCCGUUUUGUCGAUCUCUAGGGAUACAUACCACCGUUUUAUAUAUAAUACAAUAAACUGCAUUCUUAUAUAUAAAUAAUAUCUCCAGCGAAAGCAGCAACAAUCUCAAUCAAUCCCUCGCCGCAACGUGUGCCAGACCAGAGAGAACAAAAACUCGCAACGCUACCUUCCAAACCGUUCCGUUAGCUAUACCCAACAACGACAACAACAACAACAAUGCAGCUCACCAAAGCACUCUGCAUCGCGGCCGCCGCUCUCGCGCCAAUCGCGCUGGCCCAGGAACCUUCAGCGCCAGAGACCGUCACAUACGAGCUCCUCAAAGUCGCAGACCUGACCUCCUCAACCGCUGCCCCCACCACCACCCCCAGCAGCACCAGCACCAGCACCCCAAUCACCUCCAGCUCCACCGCGACGCCUACCUCCUCCUUCGCGACGCCGACCUCGACUCCCGUCUGGGGAUCCAGCUCGUCGGUUGGUAGGACGCCUACCAAGUCUGCUUCUACGCCGAUUGCGUCCAACUCGCUUCCGCAUACUGGUGCUGCUGCGUCCGUGACUGGGCCCUCGGGUGUGCUGGCUGCUGUUGUCGUGGCUGCUGCUGGGAUUUUUGUGUUUUGAUGUCGGUUGGACUGGUUGGUUUUAUAGAUGGACAGACAGGCAGAUUGUUUAUAUACAUAAACCUAUGUACGGAGUACCUCUUUACUACUCUUUCCCAGACGGGAUGCUGAGAAGCUGUGCGUGCGCCUGCUCCAGGAUUCGCACAGAGGGUUAAGUGGCCUUGUUGGAUAAAUAUCUAUCGUGCGGUGCUGCUUUGCUUUUCUUGACUUGACUUGACUUGACUUGUACUUGUCCUGUCUCGCAUGGACUAGAUAUAUAUGCAACACAACCAAUCUCACCAUAGUCAUAUUGGCGGUGUGGUAAUAAAUUGAUUCACGGGAUCUAUACAUUCGGCUAGUUAUAUGUCGCAAAGAAUAC